UUAUUCUCCAGAGGAUAAGGAAGACGCAUGUGCAGACAAUUUCGGGGGCAGAGGAAUAGCUCCCGUCAAUUCCAAUAAGUGAAAUGUAGUUGACCACCCCUGGAGGACAAGACGACAACAGUGCCAACAGUCUCUCUAAAUUGUUUGUCAAUAAAAAUUAAACUCCCUCAUAGACGACGAAUUUUGCAUGAAUAAAACUUUGCGUUGACCUUGUUGUUCUGGAGGCCACAUAAUUGUGAUUUAAAAAAUCGAGAGCAUUUGGAAAUUAUCUCAGUCGUUCAUGGACCACUUGGAUUUACCCAUAUUGACGAUAUAUACCUGCAGCACACAUACACACGGAUAUUAGGGAGCGUUCGAAUACAUGAACACAUGCACAGCUGUCAAUGGGCUCGUGUAGGUACGCCGAAUGAUGCGUACCAUUUUUUUUCUCGAUGAUAAAAAUUAAUUUGGUCAUUUACCCCUUGUGGAAUCAAUCUGCGAAUGAUCUUUGAACCUGAGGGGACGUCAGUUUCGAUGGAACCACUGGAGUUCAGUGAUUUUGCUGAUGUAAACAUUGUAUUUAGGGUGUGAGAAAGCACGAUACUGUUUUGAUUACCCCACCAUUAAGAUAGCCCUCCCACCAAAAUGACGAUCGUAAAUCAAGUGGAUCCGCUCACCAGCCCAAUUCCUUCAACCUGGAAGACCGAAUCCUCGAAGGAGUGUAAACUGUUAAGUUGAUGCACAAGCAGGUCAACCAGUUCACCACCUACGAUUAUUAAAUUUGGCUCUCGCUGAGGAGUAUCCGAUAUCAUUUGAAGAAUAAAAUCAAGUCCAUUAAUGAAUAAAAUAUACGACAGUGUUAAUGAAGCUAAAAGAACUUCUGCGGAGGCGGCAAACUCUCAUCUGAGUAGACUCAGUGUUGUAAUACUGACUCUGAUGAACAAUGAACCAUUCGGGAAGCGGCAAACGUCAGGCGAAGGUUUUGGAAGAUAAUUAUUGGGACUGCAGUGUCUGCACGUAUACUAAUACAGCAGAAGCAUUCAAGUGCCUCAUGUGUGACGUGCGUAAAGGUACCUCAACGCGGAAGCCCCGCAUUAAUCCGCAACUGGUGGCUCAACAGGCGGCUCAACAGCAAUAUGUGCCACCGUUGAAGCCAGGAAAAAAGGAAGGCGGAAGUGGAAGUAGUACAGCGAGCUCUGUCAAUAGCAAUAAGGAACGUAAACUGGACAAACCAAGGCGGAAAAAUCGUCAUCCACCUAGACUGAAAAAUGUUGAUCGUAGUUCCGCUCAAAUUAACGAAGUUACUGUCAAUAAUGUGACUGUAGUUAUAACUGAAUAUAAGCCUAAAGUGAAAAAAAAUUCGGAUCAAUCGGGAUUGUCAAGCAGUGCAUCGUCUGAGAAUGGAAGUCAACACGAUUCGAAUCAAGAUUCACGGAGUCUGGACAUAGGAACUGAUGUUUAGCUUAUUUUUUAUUUCAGCAGCGAAGCAGUUAAUUUUGACUGGCGGCCAGUUUUCUACGAAUAUCUCGAGAUACAAAAUUCGUAAUUACAAGAAUUUCGUUAUCACCUGUAGAUUCCGAGAUAAUCUCUGGUAAUUGACCUGAGAGCCAAGUCAAUGACAUGAACCGAUUUACCGCUUCGCUACUGACUUUGUGCUUAAUAUUUAAUUGUAAUAAUUCUUGAAAAAUAAUCAUCUAAUUGUAAUGUACGUACACAAUUUUGUUUUAUUGAAUAAGUGAAAAAAUUAGGCUAGGUAAAAACGUGUAUUUAAAUCAUACACUAAUGAUAGUUAUUAAAGUUCAUAGGGGUAAUAAUUUAUUACGACUAGCCAAGGAUAAAUUGUGUAAUACCGCGUUAUUCAGCCUCUUCAUUUCGUUUUACUUUUGCUCAAUAUAGAAUUUUUCUACUAAGUGAAAUUACGAUACAAAAUGGUGAAAUCAAAUUCGUGUAUAAAUUUUAUAUGCAACAGCAUAAUUUAAUAUCUACGCAUUUACACUGCCGUACUUUCGUUCACUUUUUCUUUAUCAAAUUCGGUAUAUCGUCGACGUGGAGCCAGAGGGGUGAAGGUGUCUAAGACCAGAUUGUACACUUUAACUGCACGACAAUGUAUUUAUUGUAUAUCAGUAAUGGAAAAUAGAAUGCAAUAAGUACAACAACGAAGUGCUAGAUUGAGAUCGGCCAGUCUUGAUUAUUGAUUGAUUUGUUUUUGGUGGACAUCACGGAAUCAAGAGAAUACCGAAUUCACACACUUAAACUUACCUCGUUUUCCCCCUUCGGUACUGAAUAAUGAAUAUAUUUCCAAUAAUCGGUCAGAAUGAAAAUAUACUUGUACUUUUUUUUUUAUAUGUACGAUGACACUUAUAGGUGUAAAUUAUUGAAGUAGUAAAAAAUGACAAACAAAAGGAAAUAAAAAUCUAACUUUGUUGAAUUGA